AUGGCGGUCAUGGCGCAAGCAGCGCCUCCCUUGCGCUCUGCAGGGUCGUUUGCCUUUCAGUGGUCUCGCCCAGCAGCAAAGGAAGUCUUCUCGGCCACCUGUGUGCUCACUCUAGGGAUCGUGGGAAAUGCCAUUUUGCCCGUCCCCUAUGCGUUUUCCAUCACCGGAGCGGUAGUGGGAGUGCUCGUGUUUGCGGGGACCGCGCUAGCCAACAUGUGCACAUGCCACCUGCUGCUGCGUGGGGCGGUGGCCUCGGCGACCUGCGACUACGAGGGCCUGGCAGAGGCAAUAGGCGGGCCCAUCGUGCGGUGGGCGGUGGAGGGGUGCACCGUAGCCCUGCUGCUGGGCACCAACAUUGGCGCAAUCAUCCAGAUUGGGCAGAGCGCGUCGACGGCGGUCAACUCGCAGUGGCCUGACAAAGCGGCCUGGUGGACGGACAACAACGGCUUCUGGCCCAUGGUCAUAUUCACGCUGGGCGGCAUCCUCCCGCUCUCCAUGCUGCCCACCAUGCGCCAGCUGGAGGUGGUAGGCGCCGUGGGCAGCAUCAUUGUAUGGGUGCUGACCGUCGUAAUCAUGGUCAAGUCGAUUUCCAAUGGCCUGCCCCAGCUGGGAAAAACCUUUGAAGUUGUCGGCUUCACCAGCCUAGACAAUGUGGCGCAGGCAUUCUCCCUUGCGGGCUUCGCCUUCUACCUGCAGGCGCUGCUGAUGCCCCUACUGGGAGAGCUGCAGCCGGGGGUCAAGGGCGCUGCGGCUGCCAAGACGGCCGCCGACAUCACGGUGCUGGGCAGCGCGCUGAGCACCUACCUGCUGGCCGGCUUCUUUGGGGCAAGCAUGUACGGUGACCAGACGAGCAGCAACGUGCUGGAGAACGAGUGGCUGCCUGGGUUGGGCACCUUCGUGCUGAACAUGCUGGUGACGCUGUACCUCGUGAUCUCCGUGCCGCCCAUCGUCUUUGCCAACGUGCACACAGUGCGGCACUGGGUGGAGCGCGCCAGCCGGGGGCGCACCAAGGCGCUGGCGCGCUGGCUGCAGCACACCCUGCUCGUGCUGGGCGUGUGCCUGGCGGUCUCGCUGGCCGCCCCCGGCCAGUCGGGCACCGUCCUCACCUUCACCGGCGCAACCUUUGUGUGCAUGGUUUCUUAUGUUUUCCCUGUUGUUUUCCACGCGGUGGCCUACACGGGGCGGGCACGCUACCAGCAGCAGAAGGUGGAGGCGGAGGAGGAGCUGGCGGCUCGCGCCUCCGACCUGGAGCUGGCCACCAAGAGCCUCAGCAUCGCGGGGCGCAAGCCAGCGGAUGCGGCGGCAGGAGCGAAUGGGGCAGCCCUGCACGGCAGGUCGGGCCAGGGGGACACCUUGGCUGCAGGUGCAGCUGCAGGCAGUGCAGCCGAGCAGGAGGGAGCAGCCGUGAAUCCUGCGGAUGCAGGGGAUCGGCAGGCCGGCGUGGAGCACGCGUCGGCGGCCAUGGCAGCAAAACCGUCGCCUUUCGACAUGGACAGCCCUGCCCAGGUUUCGCCUGCCCAGCACGGCAGCGCCCACAAGCAUGCUUCCCACAAGUGGCCAUCGGAGAGCUCGCAUGGCCAUCUGCCGGCUGUUCCAGAGGGGAGCUCGGUGGAGCCAUCCGUCCCCAGCGGCUUCCUGCAUUCCCUGUCGCUGCGCAGGAGCAGCAGGUCCAGCGGUGGUUCCAGCAUGGGGCGUCUGCUGCUGGACCUACUACACGCCACCAACACAGCGGCACCGCAGCGCAGCAAGGAGCUGGAGGAGGAGCUGGAAGGCAUCAGUCGCUCUGGUAGCCUCCACGUUGACCGGCAGUCCGUGUUUCGCGACGAGCUGCUGCGGACGAGCCUGGCGCCGCAGGCGAUUGCGGCAGGCGCAUCCUUCAUGACGCCCGCACUCACCGAGCUCACGGACUUGGGCUCUGAGGAGCGCGAUGACCUGGUGCUGGCGCUGCUGCCGCCCUACCGCCGCACCCAGCUCCGCCACCCGGUGUUGGAGGGCAUCAAGGAGGUGGCCAUCCCCAUCGUCGUGCUGGCCAUGGGCCUCUUCUUCUCCAUCAGCACCUUGGUCCUGCUGUUCAAUUGA